AUGAAGACUGAGGCGCCCGCGUUGCAAGAGGUAACAGAUCUCCUGCAAAUAUCCGACGGAUUGGAGGAUACAGUGAUUGAGGGCAAGGAAAUGUGGUGCCCUGACAUAGAGUUUGAACUGGCUGAUGACAAGGAGGACGAGGAUGAGGAUACAUACAUCACCAUGCAUGAGAUUCUACUCUCCGAGUCAUCCGACAGCACUUCCGAGGCAUCGUGGUGGGACGCGGACACUGAGGAUGCCCACCAAGCAUUCUCUUUUGUCCACCUUCAGGCCGCCGUUGCAAGGAAGGAGGCAGUCAGCAGCUGUGAAAGUGAUCCUCAAGGCUCGGCCCAGGUCCACCUGUCAAUCAAAAGCACUUCCAGGGGCGCUAUAAAUGACCGAGAAAAUCACCCUGCCAAAGGCGGUGGAGAUCCCCCGGCGGUGGGGGCGCGUUAUAGGGCGAAGGGCGUCAUUCCGGCAGGGAAAGAAAAAGGAGAGUAUUCCAGUUGCGCUUCAAGCGAGCUGGACGACGCUGAUAAGGAAGUACGCAGCCUGACGGCAAGAGCAUUCAAAAGCUUGGCAUACCCGUACCUGGAUGCUAUCAGCUUCAGCACCUCAAGCGAGGAGUCCGACAGGUGGAUCUUGACCCAGCCGUUCGAUGGGGACCAGCAAAUUAUGGGGAAGUUGAGUCAAGGCGGGGUGAUCCGGCUCAGGGAGACGCUGAAUUUGUGCUGCAACAUGAACUCCGGGAUGUCUAACUUUGCAUCAGGAGGAGAGGUGGAAGCAUCCCAUUCCACAGAUGAGUUGAAUAGCUCGCAUGGGAGCUGUUUCAAUGAGGCGUGGAGGGCCACCAUGAAGUCGCAAAGCAUGGAGGGCACCCACAAGAAAGCAGUCUUUGCGUCCAGUUUGAUUCAAAACGUGCUCUCCAAAAAGAUACAAUUCGAGCGGGAGAGGCGGAUGGAAAGGGGGGAGGUAAGGGAGCCUCACCAUCGGGGAGCCGCCAAGCAGCUUGGAGCCGCCAAGCAGGAUUGCACCGCCGCUGCAAUGGAGGGAGCAUUCAGAGGUGCAGGUUGGCUCCACAGCCAAAAUAGCGCCUUCAGGUGCUGGAGGAAUGAGGAGAUUGAGUUACAAGCGGAUCGUAAAAUCCCAGAAGGGAUGCCACUGACGCCCUCACCGCUCCCUCCUGCUCCUGCUCCGGAUCAGGAUUCAGAGAGCAAGACGAUGAAAAUGUCUCAUUUGUUUGUGCCAAACAUCCAAAGCACGGCAAGAGAGAAAUCUCCAGAAAUUAAAAUCAAUCUCCAGGGAGGGGCCCCUGUUUUUACGUCCAAGGGUGAGUCCACCUCGGAUAAAGUUCCGCAUUUUAUGGUCCGCGACAUCCGAGAUAGCAAAGGGAAUCUGCAGACGCCCAUACACCAAGUGAGAGAUGUACGCAAGUUAGUGAAAAGCUCCUAUCAUUUAGUCUCAGUGGGCGAUAAAUCCACUUUGGCCAGCACCAACCCUGUGUCCGGGUCUCCAAUGGUGAUCAAAUGCCAGUCGGUCAACACCAAUGACAGAAAAUCUUACCUAGAAGGGGAAUCCAAAAGACCAGCUGUGAACAACUCGCAGGAGGGGAUGACUUUACAAAUAGGGAAGAAAAAGCCGGAAUUUAAAAAGUCUAACCAGGUGGCGCUGGAGAAGCUCCAAGCGGCAGUGAAAACAAUGGAACAGCUUUAUGUGUUCGACAAGAAUGAGUGGAAACGCAAGGACAAGCCGCUGUCCCUGCCGGAUAGUCACAUUCUUUCGUUGAUAGCAAACGAGGGGGAACCGAGACAGAACUUGGACUCUCAUGAUAGACUCCUGUCACCAACCCUUGUGGGCAGUUCUUCAAGACUCAAGGCACCUUCAACUAUCGUCGCGCCAGACGCAAAAGUUUUCACUCCCAAGUUACCCACAUCUGAUAACUACCUAACCAUUCCGCUUAAAUCCCAACAAGCCUCAACCGGACACUUUAGGGUGCAGGAGGAGUCGCCCCCGAGGAUGUCGACAAUGAGACCGCCCUCACCUGAAGUUCCUGUUCAAGUUCCUGCUCAUCAGUCAAUGUCAGCAAAUCAGGUGUACUGUUUCUCCCCUGCACCUACCCUAGACUCCUUCCCGCUCACCCAGAGGAAGAUGCUCCUGGAUCCCACCAGUGGAAGCUACUACCUAGUUGACACCCCGGUCCAACCCCCAACGAGGCGCCUCUUUGACCCUGAAACGGGUCAAUAUAUAGACGUACCCUUACCCCAACCUCCAAUAACCCCCAUGCCGAUUUCUCAUUUGGCCAUUGGUUCCGGGGCGGCGUAUGGUCCCAGCUAUAUGAUCUAUCCCGGAUUCAUGACAUCGCCCCCACUAAUUCCGACCCGCACGCUAGUGCAGAUGCCGGUGCAAGCUGAGGCAGAGAAAGUUACACAUAAGCCACAGCAGGGCAUGUACAUGGAGACCCCCUACUACAUGAGCACAGCAAAGGCACCCCAAGCCUCUUCGAUGACUCCGCAUUUAGUUGGCGUCAACAGUGUACAACAGCAGCCACUCAUUAGCAUCAUGUCACAGCAAGGGCCGAGGAUUAUUGCCCCGCCCUCUUUCAACGGGACCACCUUGAGCUUUGUGGUGGAGCACAGGUGA